AACUUGCUGGUGAGCAGCUCAGCACAGUGUAGAGUUUGCGUUUUAUAGCAUUAGCAUGGCUCUGCAGUGCACUGGGAUUAGCGCUGUAGUGCUCAGCUUGUUAGUAUGUGUAUGUACUGCACAGUUCAAUCCACAGAAUUCACAACAGUGGCUACCAUUUAAGCUUCCUCUGAGCCAAGCGAAUACAAUGGUAUCUUCCAGUAAUGCAGUGAUUCAGAGGCUCCCACAGUUGCACCUCCUGCAAGCUCCUCUGUCGCCUCAGGCUACCCGAGUACCAGCGAACCCGCCAGUGAUUCAGAGGCUCCCACAGCUGCAGUCCUUGCAGGUUCCUGUCUCCUACCCACUGCCAACUGUGAACCUGCCAGUGAUUCAGAGGCUCCCACAGCUGCAGUCCUUGCAGGUUCCUGUCUCCUACCCACUGCCAACUGUGAACCUGCCAGUGAUUCAGAGGCUCCCACAGCUGCAGUCAUUGCAGGUUCCUGUCUCCUACCCACUGCCAACUGUGAACCUGCCAGUGAUUCAGAGGCUCCCACAGCUGCAGUCCUUGCAGGUUCCUGUCUCCUCCCCACUGCCACCUGCAAACCCGCCAGUGAUUCAGAGGCUCCAGCAGCAGUCCUCGCAGGUUCCUGUGUCCUACCCGCUGCCGCCUGCAGGCCAGCUAGUGGAUUCUAAGCUCCUACCGCCACUGUAUCUGGUUCCCCAAAGCCAGCCAGUGGUUCAGGGAGCUGUGAAAAGCCAAGAAGCUGUGCCGACGAGGCUGCAGGUGCAGUCUGUGAGUGCUGAAUGCCAGGAGAGCUCUGUGCUGGUGGCUGUGCAUAGGGACUUGUUUGGAAUUGGCCGGCUGAUCGAUCCAUCUGAUGUCACCCUGGGAGGCUGUGCUUCAACUGGGCAGGAUGCCUCUGGACAGGUGCUGAUGUUUCAGACUGAACUACAGAACUGCGGGAGCACAAUCAUGAUGACUGAGGAUACCCUUGUCUACACCUUCACCCUGACGUAUACACCCAAGGAGCUCGGGCCUGGAGCUCCUAUUGUGAGGACCAAUGCUGCCACUGUCAACAUUGCAUGUCAUUACUUGAGGAAGCAGAAUGUGAGCAGCAAUGCCCUGGUACCAACCUGGGUACCAUUCCUCACUACCCUGUCUGCUGUGGACCAUCUGGUCUUCACCCUGAGGCUCAUGACUGAUGACUGGAAGGCUGAGAGGACCUCCAACGUCUACAGCUUGGGAGAUGUGGUGAACAUUGAGGCUGCUGUCAUGGUGUCCAACCAUGUGCCCCUGCGUGUCUUUGUGGAUAGCUGUGUUGCCACCUUGGUCCCUGAUCUGAAUGCUGUUCCCAGCUACACCUUUGUUGUGAACCAUGGGUGCCUAAUUGAUGCAAAGCUGACUGGCUCCCACACUCAGUUCAUGCCAAGAACCCAGGAUGACAAGCUGCAGAUGCAGCUGGAGACAUUCAGGUUCUCACAGCAAAACAGCAGCUCGAUGUACAUUACUUGCCUAUUGAAAGCAACUCUGGCUUCUGCUGCCUUGGACAUGGGGUACAAGGCCUGUUCCUUCUCCGCUGUGGCUAACAGAUGGGUGGCUGCGAGUGGGGGAGACGAGCUGUGUGGCUGCUGUGACACGAGCUGUGAUCUCAGGAAGGGCAGGAGCCUGGAUGAAUCCCUGCAGUGGCAGGAUGAUGCUCUCCUGGGUCCUUUCACUGUGCUGGAGGAGCCUUUGCUGGCUGAUGUGGAAGCUGAAGCCCAGGAAUUGGCCCGGAAUGCAGUGGAAUCGGUCGCAACAGGCUUCUCAGCUGAGAUGGUGGCCCUGGCUGGAAUAGUGGCUGCAGUGGCACUGGUCUCCAUGGUAGUACUGGGAGUUGUGAUUCGCUGGAAAUGAAAUGUCAUUUGCUGCAUGUGAAGUUUGAACAAUAAAUGUACUUCAUGCUCA